AUGGCGAAUCCCAAGCCCGGCGUCGACAAUGGAUCGUCUUCCAGCUUCAUCAGCGAGACGGUGAACGGAACGCACCGUUUCACUGUGCAAGGUUACUCGCUGGCCAAAGGGAUGGGCGUGGGUAAAUACAUAAUGAGCGACACGUUCACGGUGGGCGGUUACGACUGGGCGAUUUACUUUUACCCCGACGGUAAAAACCCCGAGGACAAUUCGAUGUACGUCUCGGUGUUCAUCGCGCUCGCGAGCGAUGGUACCGACGUGAGGGCUUUGUUUGAGUUGUCGAUGGUGGAUCAGAGUGGGAAUGGGAAUAACAAGGUGCAUAGUCAUUUUCAACGCGCGCUUGAGAGUGGUCCGUAUACGCUUAAAUACAGAGGCAGCAUGUGGGGUUACAAGCGAUUUUACAGAAGAAAUCUUUUAGAAGCUUCGGACUAUUUAAAGGAUGAUUGCCUUGUCAUGUACUGUAAGGUUGGAGUUGUCAGAAAUCAUCUUGAGUGCCCUAAACUGCGUACUAUUUCUGUACCCCCAUCAGAUAUGGGUCAAGGUUUUAAGGACUUGCUAGACUCUGAAGUUGGGUGUGACAUAGUUUUCCAAGUUGGCAAUGAAAUGUUCAAAGCUCAUAAGUUGAUACUUGCUGCUCGUUCUCCUGUAUUUAGAGCCCAGUUUUUUGGACUUGUUGGGAAUCCUAACAUAGAUAAAGUAGUAGUAAAGGAUAUUGACCCCUUCAUCUUCAAGGCGAUGCUUCUGUUUAUCUACACCGACAAACUUCCUGAUGUAGACGAAGUUGAGAGCACAGUUACCAUGUGCUCAUCCACUGUCAUGGUUCAGCAUCUGUUGGCUGCUGCUGACCUAUAUAAUCUGGAUCGACUGAAAUUAUUAUGUGAAUCAGAAUUGUGUAAAGCAAUCAAUAUUGACACUGUGGCGACAAUACUUGCCUUAGCAGAGCAACACCACUGUCCACAGCUCAAGGACAUCUGUUUAAAGUUCACAGCAAAUCCAGCAAACUUGGGAGCGGUAAUGAAGUCGGAAGCUUUUGGGCACUUGGAGGAGAGCUGCCCCUCAUUGUUGUCAGAGCUGCUGGCAACAUUUGCAUCAAUGGAUGAGAACCCAAAUUCUCCAUUGAGUAGGAAGAGGAGUAGCAGCAGUGUAUUUGGGCUAGAUCUAGCAGGAGAUGGUGCCGAAGCAGAAUCAGUGAAUCCUAAUGGCAGGCGCUUGAGGAGGCGAUUGUAGUCUGUUUAGUAAUCUUUAGUGCUCAGAACCAUUAAACCUAGAAGUUGUCUCAUAAACAGAACUUUAGUUAUGUAUAACAUUCUAGUCACUCAUUAUGUUCCUCUGAGUUAGUUCCUGUAUAAAGUUUUAGGUUCUGAAAGGUGAAAUUUGUCCCAAACUUCCACAUUAUCAAGUUAAUUACUUUGGGUAUCACUGAACUUUACAAGGGACUUGAAUGGCCUUGCUGAA